AUGUUCCUUAACCCACAGGGAUUAUUAGAAGAUUCAAAUUAACCCGAGCUUCUCAAGGAGCAAGAAAAGAGAAAUGGGCAUUCCUCCUAUAAGGAAUCAAUUUUCGCCAAUACAAAUUUUGAAAAAAAUAUGUCUUAUUUUCAUAUAAUGGGUCAUGAUGAACCACAUGCGAUAAGAAGAAAGCAAAUACUCUAAAAACACCCAGAAAUUAAAAUUCUUUUUGGCCCCGAUCUAAUGUCUGCAUGGCUUGGAGUUGGCAUUGUGUUGGCUCAAUUUUGGUGUAUAAACUUCUUUGCAACCACAAAUUGGUUGUGGUAUCUAGUUUCAUCAUACUGCAUCGGAGCAGUAUUGAGCCAUGCUCUGCAUGCUUUAAUGCAUGAUUUUACACAUUACUUGUGCUUUGAGAGUAUGUAGUACAAUAAAUUGAUGGCCAUCUUUUUAAAUUUUGGUCAGGGAGUUCCAUCCGCAAUUACUUUUGGAAGAUAUCAUUCAGAUCAUCACACAUUUAUGAAUUUACCUGAUUUAGAUCCUGAUUUGCCAUCCUAAUGGGAGAUAGAUCACGUAAAAGGACCUCUCCUUAAAUUUUUGUUUAUGCUUUUUUUGCCCUUAUUCUAUUCACUUAGACCUAUGUUUAUCAGACCCUUGGUACCAAAUAAAUAUGAGAUAUUAAACCUAGUAUCAAUAAUCAUUUCAAAUUCUUUGAUUUACAUUUACAUGGGACCAUCUGCUUUGGGAUGGUUAAUACUUUCAACCUAUUUUGGAUUGAGUAUUCAUCCUCUGGCUGCCCAUCUGAUCACUGAACAUUAUGAAUUCAUCAAUAGAUUAGAAACAUAUAAUUAUCUCGGAAUUGCCAACUUUUUAAUUUUAAAUUUGGGAUAUCAUACCGAACAUCACGAUUUUCCAAACAUUCCUUGGUCAAGAUUGCCUUUAGUUAAAAAGAUUGCUCCUGAAUUCUACGAUUAAUUACCAUAUCAUACAAAUUACACUUUAGCUAUUUUGGCUUACAUAUUUGAUGGAUACAUGGGACCAUUUUCAAGGAUUGUCAGAAAAGAGCUCAAGUUAAAUGGAAAGACUAAAUGAUCUUAUUAUAGUAUUAUAUAUGGAUUA